GCUCUUCAUCUGGUUUCAUCCAAGUGAUAGGAGAAAGAUGGAGAUCUCUAAGUGCUGCUUGCUGCUGUUGGUCGCCUCUUCUCUCUACUACAUUGUUUGCUCCACCACGGUUUCUCAUGAUGGACGAGCACUCGUCAUCGAUGGCCAGCGUCGCGUCAUCUUCUCUGGCUCCAUCCACUACCCCCGUAGUACUCCCGAGAUGUGGCCCGACUUGAUACGGAAAUCGAAGGAAGGAGGGCUUGAUGCAAUCGAGACUUAUGUUUUCUGGAAUGGCCAUGAGCCCAGGAGACGUGAGUACAACUUCGAAGGCAAUUAUGACCUCAUCAGGUUCCUCAAGGAAGUGCAGAAUGCUGGACUAUAUGCCAUCCUUCGGAUUGGUCCAUAUGUUUGUGCUGAGUGGAAUUAUGGAGGACUUCCUGUUUGGUUGUACAAAAUUCCAGGGAUGCAAACUAGAACAGAUAACCAACCAUGGAAGGAUGAGAUGCAAAAUUUUACUACAUUGAUAGUGGACAAGGUGAAGGAAGAAAGGCUGUUGGCAACACAAGGAGGCCCUAUCAUUCUGCUUCAGAUCGAGAAUGAAUAUGGCAAUGGUGACAUCGAGAUACGCUAUGGUGAAGCUGGACCCAGAUACAUCAACUGGUGUGCAAACAUGGCAGAGUCUUUGGUUUCAGAUGUGCCAUGGAUCAUGUGCCAGCAAUCUGAUGCUCCACAACCAAUGAUCAACACCUGCAAUGGAUUCUCUGGCUGUGAUGGUUUCACCCCCAACAACGGGAACAGUCCCAAGAUCUGGACAGAGAAUUGGACUGGCUCGUUCAAGAUCUGGGGUUCUCCACACCCACAUAGGCCAGUUGAAGAGGUGGCUUUUCAGGUUGCUCGUUUCUUCCAAAGCAAUGGGACAGUACAGAACUACUACAUGUAUCAUGGAGGAACCAAUUUUGGUCGUACUUCAGGAGGCCCAUACAUUGCCACAAGCUAUGAUUAUGAUGCUCCUCUUGAUGAGUAUGGUAAUAUAAGGCAACCCAAGUGGGGGCAUUUGAAGGAACUCCAUGCUUCUGUUAAGCUGAUGGAGAAGGCCCUCACCUAUGGAGAAGUUGUUGAAGAUCAUCUUGGCAAUGGAUUGACAAUUACCAAGUUCUCUGGUGAUGGGAUUGUUCCUGGUUGUUUCCUAAGUAACCAGAACAGCACGGUUGAUGCCACCAUAAGCUUUCAGGGAACCAAGUAUUUCUUGCCUGCCUGGUCUGUCAGCAUUCUUCCGGACUGUAAGAAAGAGGUUUACAACACUGCCAAGGUGAAAACUCAGACUUCUAUCAUGGUGACGAAGAAAGACAAUGCUGGUGAUCAAUCCAAAGACUUGGGUUGGUCAUGGAAGCCUGAGAGAUUGCAUGACUCUGCUAAAGGUUUUGGAAAUUCCUUCACUGUUAACAAGCUCUUGGAGCAGAAAACCACCACUGUUGAUGCCAGUGACUACUUGUGGUACACCACCAAUGUGGAAGUAAGCAAGAAGGAAUCAUUUACUCUUAGUGUCAGCACCACUGGGCACAUCCUCUAUGCCUUUGUUAAUGGCAGGCUAGUAGGUUCUGAGUAUGCUACUGGUGGAAAUUAUAACUUUAUAUUUGAGAGGAAAGUGACCUUCAAGCCUGGGAAAAAUCAAAUAUCAUUGCUUAGUGCUACUGUUGGUCUUAGGAACUAUGGUGCAUUUUAUGAUAAUACUCCAGAUGGGAUUGUUGGUGGCCCAGUCAAAUUGAUUGGGAAGAACAAUACUAUUCUGGAUCUAUCCGAAUCAAAUUGGUCUUACAAGAUUGGCUUAGAUGGAGAAGUUAGGAAGCUCCAGCUUGAUGAAGAAAGGUGGUAUUCUGGUGUAAUUCCAACCAAGAGACCUUUCACUUGGUACAAGACAACAUUCCAAGCUCCACUAGGAUCAGAACCAGUCGUCGUCGACUUGCUCGGACUCGGCAAAGGAGAGGCGUGGGUGAACGGCAACAGCCUCGGUCGCUUCUGGCCAAACUUCACCGCUAAUCCCGACGGCUGCAAGCAAUGCGACUACCGCGGCAAUUUCCAGACGAACAAGUGUCAGACCGCCUGCGGAGAGGCUUCCCAACGAUGGUAUCACGUUCCCCGGUCGUUCCUGAAGCGCGGAGAGCCCAACACCCUGACGCUGUUCGAGGAGGCCGGCGGCGACCCGAACCAGGUCAACUUCCAGACCGUUACUGUUGGCACCGCGUGCACCAGCGCCGGCGAGGGAGACGCGCUGAGCUUGUCGUGCCAAGGAGGGCGCACCAUUUCGAGUGUAGACUUUGCUACCUUCGGCGAACCUGAUGGGACCUGCGGCGCUUACGUGAGCGGCGGAUGUGGCUCCGACGAGGCUGUCGCUAUCUUGAAGGAUGCUUGUCUGGGAAGGGAGUCAUGCUCGAUCAAGAUCAGUGACACGAUUGGGACUUCUUGUGCCAAACUUGCCUCACCGAGGAAGCUCGUAGGUCAAGUUACAUGUUCAUGAUUCAACGAGUACGCUAGCUUAGUAGUUUCAGUUGAGAGAGGGAUUUGCUCCAAGUCUUUCUGCGUAAUGUUUUCUUUUGUUCCACUUGAACUGAUAUUAAUUAGGAAUUGAAGCAGUAAAUUAUGUUGCCUUAAUUUAUCUUUGUUUUUGUUUUUGUUUUCUCGCCUAAUAGCCAUAAAGUACAAAAUAGAUACAUCAAGUAACUUACCCUAGACCUGUAGUCCAUCUGAUCUGUGAUUGGGCUAUUUGAACCGUCCGCGACGGUAUGGACGGUAGUGGAUGAAUGGAUGCAUCAACUGUGUUACGAGCGCGGUUUCAGCAUCUAUAUAACCAAUGGCUGCAAGAGAUUACAUUCCUUCUUUGUCUUCCUCCUGUUGCUGAUACUAACGUCGCUCCCCAGGCUGCAGAGUGGAGCGUCUCCGUCGACCAGGCCGCUCUUCCCACGUAGAGGUAAGGCUUCUUCUCAGUUCAUGGUCUCCGAUUCCCGCCCCCUUUACCAGGCAGAAAACCUUCGCAUAGCAGAAGAAAAGAGAGAGAGACAGCAAAAACCCAACAUCCUGCUCUGUUACAAUGGCUGUUGUUGGCGAUCAUUCAUUUCUCCUCCUCGAUCUAUAUCUUUAGAUCGAGAUUUAUGAAGAAAACAUAUCGGAUCAUCAAUAUUUCCAGCCAAUUAUUGCCUUUUCCAACAUGACGAGACGACUAUUCGCCGGUGGGGUGGUCAAAGGUUCACAUGCUUCACGACCGGAAGCAGACAAUGGAAUCCUCGGGUCUCGUAAAAAAAGUCAC